GUACGGAGUGCAAGCUGAUGCAACGGCUUAUGGUCGUCUAGAGUUGUUUUUCAUCCACAUAGAUGUUUUCUAGAAAAACACUGCUUCGACGCUUGGUCUGUGGAAAUAAUUAGCUUGUUCAUUGUGUGCAGAAGAAGUUUGAAUUUCUGCCUUGAAGAGGAACUGACGUUAGCUAAAGCAGGUCAAUCAGAGAAAAAGAGAGAGAGAGAGAGAGAGAGAGAGAGAGAGCUAAAGCUAGAGCAGCCGCACUGUCUGCUAGCACUACAGCCGUAUGUGCUUUUAUCUGCCUCCAAAGCUAAACUUCACUUAUUAACGCGACGGGGAGAAUAUUAUGCAUUCCAUGCACCUUUGUGAGUGUACGUAACUCUAUAUUGCCAGUUGGGGGAGUUUGCAUCAGUGCAGGACGGUGUUAUUUGUUUCAGAUCAGAGCAGUUGAGCUGAGUUAGCUUAGCUAUAGCGAGCAGUCAGCGAGCCCAAGUUCCUUCAAGCUCCUUUGCGUUUCGCUGUCAAGAUGCCUGCGAUGUUGGAGAAGGGCACCACUGAGAUAUCGGGUAAAAGAAGGGGCAGAAACUCUGUGAAUAAUCCGACCAAAAGUUUUACUUCAAAUGGUAACAGUAACAAUUCAUGGGAGGAAGGAAGUUCGGGUUCCUCAAGUGAUGACGAGCAUGGCGGGAUGCGAGUUGGAUCGCAGUAUCAGGCAGUUGUUCCUGAUUAUGAUUCUGAGGUAGCAAAGGCAAGCCAAGAGAGAGAUAAUCUGGGAAUGCUGGUGUGGUUUCCAAAUCCAAGUAUACCAGAGACCAAAUUGGAUGAGUACAUUGCAAUAGCCAAAGAAAAACAUGGGUACAAUAUGGAGCAGGCAUUGGGCAUGCUGUUUUGGCACAAACACAACAUUGAAAAAUCUUUGGCAGAUCUCCCCAACUUCACCCCUUUUCCAGAUGAGUGGACAGUUGAAGACAAGGUGCUGUUUGAACAGGGUUUCAGCUUUCAUGGAAAGACGUUUCACCGCAUCCAGCAGAUGCUUCCAGACAAGUCGAUUGCAAGCUUGGUUAGAUUCUAUUACUCGUGGAAGAAAACGCGCAGUAAAACGAGUGUGAUGGACCGCCAUGCGCGCAAACAGAAGAGAGAAAGAGAGGAGAGUGAUGAUGGAGAAGAAAAUAGUUGCAUCUCUCCAGGGGACGCAGAAUUUGAGCCAAAUAAGGAUGAGAAGAAAGAGGGAAUGUCUGGACCUGAGAAACAAGAUUCAAAACCUGCAGUUGUGCAGAAGCCAGCAAAUCUUGCAGAAAAGUCAAUGCAUGUUAAGAAAGAAGUACAGGGACUUGCUGGGAGGAACCUACACAGGGCAAAGAAGAAACCUCCUAAAGGAAUGCAUUUAAACUCCGAUGAUGUGGCGGCAAUGUCUAGCAGCGGCCCGGCUGCAGUUAGUGUUCUGAGACAGCUGGAUAUGGAGCUCAUUGCAAUAAAACGACAGAUUCAGAACAUUAAACAGAACAAUAGUGCCCUCAGAGAAAAGCUGGACACAGGUGUGGAUGAGUUUAGGCCAUCUGAGGCUAAUCAGAAAUUUAAUACCCGCUGGACCACAGAAGAACAGCUGCUUGCAGUACAAGCUAUAAGGAAGUACGGGCGGGAUUUCCAAGCCAUUUCUGAUGUGAUCGGCAACAAGUCUGUGGUUCAAGUGAAAAACUUCUUUGUGAAUUACCGGCGUCGCUUCAACCUGGACGAGGUACUGCAGGAGUGGGAAGCUGAGCACGGCGUGGAGGGACGGAAGGGUUUAGAUGAAGAGAAGAUGGAGGUGUCAUCUGAAGAGGGAACCACCCCGGGGCCUUCAGAAAACCAGGCAGAGGAACCAGCGGCAAUGGAAACACAGAACCCUUCAGUUUCAUGAGUUUUCCAACAGAGGACAGACGAGCUCAGAUCAGUUAAUAUCGCAGCUGUGCGUAAGAGGCAUUAAGGCUUCGGUUGCCUCAAGUGAAGCCUCUUCGUAAUGGACAUUCCUCCCCCAUCCUGGUCCCUCCAACUCCCACCCCCCUACUGGACCCAGGACUCUCACAGGUCACCAAUCUACUCUACGGAACUAGGAUCAUCACUGCCAACAGAAGCACAGUUCCUGUCUGGUCUCUACCAGUCUGGUGCUCCAACAGUUAUAUUCUCCACAAAUGGUAAUUGGUCUGUUAUGGAGGGAAUAAAAAACCCAUAUAACCAUCCCAACGUCAUUGGACAGAGAAUUGUGAUCUUGAAAGAUCUCUUAAGGAGUCUCAAGGAGUUUAAUGUCACUUGACCAUCUCUCUUUCCUGAUAUACACAUAGGACUUUGACUUGUCCUAGUCCAACAUCCCUUUCCAGUUACUUUUUUUGUUACUGUAGCAUGUUAUCUAGUUAUAUGAUUUGCUAUUUUAAAAUAGUUUGGGGGCAGGGGGGUUAGUUGAUCUCUGGUUGGAUUGUUAAGCUAUUUAUUUGCAUAAAACGUGAAUUAUAUGAACUGCACUGUAUAGAUACAGUGAAAUGCCAGUGUAGAUGAAAUUUAAAUAAUUUUAAUACCAAUUUUAAUAUUAUUUUAAAAAUGAGAUGAUUUGCAGCUCUUAUAUUAAGUGAGUUGGUUUAGUAUUAGGUCGUAAUAUAUACUGUUUAAUCAUGGACCCUUGUACAUGGUGUAUUUGAAAUGCAAGGUUUCUUGGCUGAGGCUGUUGACUGUGAGAACAGGCACAGCAGAGUGUUGUAACGGAAUGGGAGGUAUUUUUUGUUCUUGCUCUGAUUUUUUAAAAAUCUUAUUUGGAACUGUGUUUUGCAUGCAUGAACAGUUUCUUCUUCAUGCCAAGGUCAAGCUUUUCACCCUCUUAGGGGUGUCUAAAUGUUUAUGGAUCGCCGUGUGCAGGUAAGAAUUUCAAAAUAUGGCAGCACAUCUAAAUUUCUUCUACUAUUCCAUGCUUGUAUGUGUUUUUCCACACAUCCUAAUUUAUGAUGGUGUUUGGAGAUAAAUGUUAGAUGGGUACAUAUUGUUUGUUUUUUGUUUAAUUUGAAAAUGGAAUAAGUUAUUUAAAAUACAUGCACUCUCACUUGUUUCGACCAAAUCUUUCCCUCUAAUAACUGUAAUGGUAUCAUACAUGUGUGAACUCCUUUUAAACGUAUUAUGCGUGCAGAUAACAUGUACAUGGUUGGGGAGAAGUUCUGUGUGUCUGCGUGUGUGUGGGUGGGAGCUAGUGUGGUCACAGGCUGUGGCCCUUAUAUGUAAUCAGUUUGUCACAUUAGUCAUAAUAAACUUAAGGGAUUUAUACUGUCAAA